CUUAGUCCUCUUGUUCGUGGCUCAUAAACAUAUGCAUCGGUGGUUUAAAAUAGCUUAUAGACGUGGUUAUUUGUACUUCGUUAAAUAUAGAACGUGAAUCCCUAUACCAUGCCAUGCAUUGGAACAUAUAUCUUGCUGUUCUAAGUUUUUCCGUUUGUGCAGCACACGCCGCACACCCAUGAAUGUUUUUUUUUAGUAACCAAUUGUACAGACCAAAGAAAAACUAUACAACAUAAUAAUAAUCGUAUCAGUCAAAACUAAAAUUUAGAGUUGUAGAACAAAAAAAAUGGGAGAGGAAGAAGAAAAGAAAGAGAAAGGCGAUGAAAUCAUCACGGCCGUUUACAAGGUUCACCUUCACUGCCGGAAAUGUGCAUGCGACAUCAAAAAGCCUCUCCUUCGAUUCCAAGGGGUUCAAAAUGUGGACUUUGAUUUGGAGAAGAACGAGAUCAAAGUAAAAGGGAAAAUAGAAGUCGUGAAGAUUCACAAACAAAUCGAGAAAUGGAGCAAGAAAAAAGUUGAGCUCAUCUCUCCCAAACCUUCUGAGGUUAAGAAAACCACCACUACAACAACAACUACUUCUGUGGUAGAAAAGAAGACCACCGAGAUUAAAAAGGACGUUAUUCGUACGACAGUACUAAAGGUACACAUUCAUUGCGCACAGUGUGACAAAGAUCUUCAGCACAAACUCUUGAAACAUAAAGCUAUCCACAUUGUCAAAACCGAUACAAAGGCGCAAACUCUAACGGUACAAGGGACGAUAGAAUCCGCAAAACUCUUAGCCUAUAUAAAGAAGAAAGUUCACAAACAUGCAGAGAUCAUAAGCUCAAAGACCGAAGAAGAGAAGAAGAAGGAAGAAGAGGAUAAGAAGAAGAAGGAAGAAGAGGAUAAGAAGAAGAAGGAAGAUGAGAAGAAGAAAGAGGAAGAGAAGAAGAAAGAAGAGGAGAAUAAGAAGAAGGAAGGAGAAAAAAAGAAAGAAGAAGUAAAAGUAGAAGUAACAACCAAAACGAUUACUCAAGUUGUGGAGUAUAAAGAGAUAGUAAAAGUUGAGGGCCAAAAAGAUAAAGAUGGAAACAUACCUUACUUUGUCCACUACGUAUACGCUCCACAAUUGUUCAGUGAUGAAAACCCUAAUGCUUGUCGCAUUGUCUAGUUACAUGAGUUGUAUAUGUUUGUAAUAUUGUUCAUAUAUACACUACAUAUGAAAUUAUACAGUAUAACUAUCAAUAUCAGUUAUACUUAAACCAAUGAUGAUGAUGAUGAUGAUGAUGAGGUGAUAUUGUAUUAGAAAGAAUCACCUAUUA